UUCCAAAAAAUAAAACAUUUUUAUAAAAAAUAUUUAAAGGUGUCACACUGUCACUGACCAACACAGUAGAAGAAUGAGUAAUGGUCAUCGAGUAUCAAGCAAAAAAUAAGCCAAAAAAUCAGUGAUAUUUGAACAAGUGGAAGUGUGAAAGAGUCAGAAACUCAGUGUUAAUGCUUAGAGUGUAGUAGUUCUUGAUUACUACCUAUAAAUAAUAGUGAGAGAAGAGCCAAAAAAAAAUCAUACUCAGUUGUUUUGUUUACAUUUUAAGGUUAAUGAUGGAAUGUGCAAGUGUUGACAAGCUUUCUGCUUGAAGCACUUGCAUUCUGUUUCUCUUAUUCUUCUGUUUUUGACAGUAACAAGACAAAGUAUGGAAAUUUCUGAGAGUACGAGGAUUCUUUUCGAGAAAAUUCAAAGAUAUGAGCCGGAGUAUGCUCUAAGGAUCAUUAGCAAUCUCCUUAGACAACAUGGAGAACAAGAGAUUGCUUACUUAGCUUCAUUGCCAGAUCAUGUGAUCUAUGAACUUUCUGUUAGAGCAAGGAUUGGACUUGAAAUGUUGGCUGCUCGAUCGGCAAUCUCGACCAUGGGAAAUCCUUCACCUGCAAGUUUCCAGGUUCAAUCUCCCUUUUACAAUAUGCAUGAUGGAAAUACUAGUUCAGAUUUUACUUCGGUAGGUUAUACGAAUUCCAUCACCGAUUUGUUCGGUUCGGAGAAUCAUCGAUAUGUAGAUAGUGUAAUAAAGUCUACAACAGCUAACUUUAAUCUCUAUAAUAAUAAUAAUUACUACUUAGGUUAUGUUUCAAGAGUUUCCGGUUUGAAUAGAAAAAACGGUAAAUUUCCAUUCAAAACAUGUUACUAUUUCAGCAAAGGAUUUUGUAGACAUGGAAAUAGUUGUAGGUUCUAUCAUAAUGGACAAGCUGUUUCUGAGCUCUACGGAAACGACAUUGCUGCCAACGACGAUGAUCAAGUGAUUUCGCUCGGUUCACUGGCGAAACUAGAGUCGGAAAUCGUUGAACUUUUGAAACAAAGAGGAAGCCCUAUUUCAAUUGCUUCACUUCCAAUGGCAUACUAUGAUAAGUACAAAAAGGCCUUACAGGCAGAAGGUUACCAAGCUGAGAGCCAGCGACAUGGUAAGUCGGGCUGCAAUUUGACGAGGCUGCUGAUUCGAUUGGGAAACAGCAUUCGGCUAAUCGACCGGCCUCAUGGGCAGCAUUCGGUGGUUUUGGCCGAAGAUGCGGCGAAAUUUAUGGGAAGGGCAGACUGUCAACAUAUUAGUGCAUCACAACAACUUUACUUGACAUUUCCAGCUGACAGCACUUUCUCUGAAGAUGAUGUAUCAAACUAUUUCAGAACUUUUGGGUGCGUUAUAGACGUAAGGAUUCCGUGUCAGUCAGAAAGGAUGUUUGGGUUUGUGACAUUUGUUUAUCCAGAAACUGUGAAAACAAUUCUGGAGGAGGGUAAUCCUCACUAUGUUCGUGGAUCGCGAGUUCUUGUGAAACCUUACAAGGAGAGGGCAAAACUUGUUGACAGGAAGUAUCCACAUCGAUUCGAGCACCAUGUUCGUCAUUCACCGGAAUAUGUAGACUUCGAUGCUGAAAUCACUUCAAGUCCAAUAGGUUGUGGAAAUACUCGGUAUCAGACAAGGCUUCAACUUGACGAGCAAAACCGAAUCUUUGAAUUGCAGAGAAGGCGUCUUGCAAUGUUGCAAGUUGCCCAAAGAUCUUUGUCUAGUCCACCGCAUUUAAGCCUCGACACGAAUGGAUCAAGAGUUUCAGACGAUAACCUCAAUGUCCAGCUCCAGCCCACCGAAUCUUUCAGUUAUGCACGAAAUGUCAUAGCCGAUAACUCUAACGAGGACAGCAGGGAAGGAGUGCACCAACCUGAAACCGCAUUUGCGUUUCGCAUAGAUACAGGAAUUUCAGCAAUCAUGUAGUUUUAGAGUCACAAGCAGGAGACUUAUAGAGUUACAAUAACUCAGAUUAGUCAGAGAAGGUUCUUUUUUCGUAACUCAGUUUAGACAAAGAAGGUGUUCUUACAUGUUAUUGAUAGAAUAGAAUAUUAUGACAGAUUAUAACAAAAUAUUCUAUUCUAUCAAUCAGUUAUAGUUUUUAGUUAGCUAUAGAAGGAAUAGUUAUUAGUUAGUAACAUCUUUUAUAAUAAAAUUCAUCACUGGAUGAAAGGAACUAUGCGAUAUUUUAGGCGAUUCAGAAUAAAGAAGGAGAAUAUCUUAGCUAGGAAAGCCUUAUUGUCAUCUGAAAAGGCAAAACUGUUUUCUAUGUAAGGGUUUACUUGAUGUUUAGUUAAUUUAAUAUAUGCAGCAUUUGAUGUCUU